GAAAAGAGCCGGAAUGCCCAUCACUAGUUGUCACGGGAAGUGCUGGUCCACUCUCGUUGAAAAGAAAAUGGCUAGCUGUAUCGUAAAAAUUCAUGAAAACUAAUAUGCGUUUUUUUUGGUCUUAAUGUAAUGUUAGGCGUGAGGUUAGCAGUGUGGUUAAUGUUUGCUUUAAAAUCAAAAUUUAAGAAGAUAAAUUGUAGAAAUAGGCGGGGUUUAUGACUUUGUGGCUGUGUAACUACUGACGCUCGUUUAAAACAAGCUAACAAAGUAAACAUACUAACGUUAGCUAGAUGGCUUGCUAGCCAAUAUACAAUGAAUGACCGGUUAUUGAGUGCCUAGUUACUCCACAACAUACAGUAAGGGGAAAAUAUAUCUACAGUAGUUGCAGGCUCCACGGUAGCUAAGAUGGAGGUGCUGUGUUUCCGGUUGCCGGGUCACGGUGACGCCACCCUGAAGAGCAUGAACUCCCUGAGGUCCAGACAGCAGUUCUGUGACAUCACUAUAGUGGCCAGCGGCAGGCAGACAUUCCGUGGACACAAAGUGGUCCUUGCUGCCUGCUCCCCCUUCCUUAGGGACCAGUUCCUGCUCAACCCCUCCUCUGAACUGCAGGUGUCAGUCCUUCACAGCUCUUCGGUGGUAUGUGAGCUGCUCCAGUCCUGUUACACCGGUGUGCUGCAGUUCAGCCCCAAGGAGAUAGUGAAUUACCUGACGGCCGCUAGCUACCUGCAGAUGGAGCAUGUUGUGGAGAAGUGCCGGGGAGCCCUGGGCAAGUACAUGCAGCCAAAGAACCCCAGCUCACCAAAGAUCAAGUCAGAAGAGAGCCAAUCGAUGCCAGUGACAGUCAGUGGCAGCAGCCACUCCCUUAUGUCAACCUCUGCUGAUCAUUCCUCACUGCAGCCUCACAGCCCUGUACAGUCUCAGGCUGAUGACCAUACAGAUUCAAACACUAAGACAGAUAUACAACACGAUGAUGACCCUAACACAAUGGAUGAGAUCAAAGUGAGAGUAACAGAGGAGGGCAGGGAGGAUUAUGACGUGUUCCGGAUCUGCAUCGAGGAUGAGCAGGAGCCGGAAGAGAGGCGAGAUGCAGAGGAAGGCGGAGAGGAAGCCACAGAGGGGCAUCAGGGGGGCCAGUACCAAGAUACGGACAGUGUCAUAGUGGGAGGGGGCAGGGGUGAUGAUAUGGCCCCAGCUGAAAUGGCCAACCGCAACAGCGGCUUCGAGAGGGAGGGGCUCCAAGGCUGGAGGCGUAGACUCACCGACUCACCCAAAGUGGGCCGGGGGAGGGGGAGGGGCUUCAAGAGGAAGCGUGGCUCGUACCGCGAGAGGGAGAGGAGGCCUCUGGGUAUGCAAUACCAGGAGGCGUGGCGUCUACCCACCGGGGCGGAGAUGAUGCAGGGCUUUGGCCUGGACUUCAGCCAGGAAGCCAUGAGGUCAGCUUUCCUCUCGGGGGGUGAUCUCCCACGACUAGACUACGGGAUGGGGGAGGUUCAGGGAGAGGAGCUGGUGCCCCGGGACGGGAAUGGUCAGGCCCACUACAACCUGGACGACCCCAGUGGUGAUGGAGGUGAAGGUAACAUGGGGAUGGCGGCUGUGCCAACAGGUGGUGACGGGGCGGGGGAUGAGUCUGUGGCCGUGGUGGGCUCCACCUCCAGCACAGCGGGGCCGGUGGCAUGCGAGCAAUGCGGCCUGACCUUCCCCUCGGCCCACUCCCUGGCUGUCCACACGCGCGCCACCCACUUGCUGUACGUGUGCCCCUGCUGCGGCAAACACUUCAACCACUCCAGUAACCUCAACCGCCACAUGACUGUGCACCGCGGUGCCAAGGUCCACCGCUGCCCGCUCUGCGACAAGACAUUCACCCAGAAGUCCACGCUGUGCGAUCACAUGAACCUACACAGCGGUGAGCGGCCUCACUGCUGCGCCUACUGCCACUCGCGCUUUGCCCACAAGCCGGCGCUGCGGCGCCACCUCAAGGAGCAGCAUGGGAAGACGACCGCUCAGAACAGCCUGGAGGCACAGGCUGAGAUGGAGCGAGUGGCAGGGCCAGGGGAAGGAGAGGGAGACACUCAGGACAGAUUUGACUUUUGAAAAGGACACUGGAACAGGGAGGGGGGAGAGAUGCUCCCUUACCCCUCCUCUCAGCCAAAAUGUACACUCAUUGACUAAGCAUUAUAGGUUGCAGUUGGAGGUACAGGGGGGUUAUUCAAGCAAGCGGCUGUGUGCUUACCUUCUGCUCUAAUUGCCAAAAGAGUGGUUUGGAGUGUGCCUUUGAGUUUGUGGGUUGGAAACGAGGUUGUGUGUGCUGGAGGGACCUACUAAGAUCUUGAAAGGGAAAACCCCUACUUUUAGACCUGAGGUGCACAACUCCGGUCCUCCUCACGGGCCGAAGUGUAUGCUGGUUUGAAGCUCUGGCCAGUCAAUGACAUGGAUUGAUUAUUUAUCUCUUAAUUAUUUAAUUGAAGGGGGGGGGGGACGAUGACCUACUGUACAGCACCAGGGCUCUGGAGGACUGGAGUUGUGCACACCUCAGUUUUAGACCUUAUUGUCUCAUUUGUAACUCACUGGCUGACCAAUAAAAUAUUUUACAUUUA